AACUUCCAUUAGGAUCAGCAAGUGGAAUUGGGCAUCCAUUGACGUAUUUCAGCCGCGCCGAUAAAAUAUCGCAAGGCCCUUGGUCCUUUCUCACUAGCUGCGACAAGAGGUGAGAGAUGGAUGUUGAGGUCAGGACCGACUCUGAAGUGGUGCUGAUUGGUGGUUGUUACGAACAGAUUAUUUUCGGUUAUCGGAUAAAAAGGCCUGGGCAGAACUGGAAUAUAGAACCCGACUUUACUCAUCAUGCUCAUACAGCCUCUUUAACGACUGUGGCUAUAAAUGAUUGCUAUGUGGCAACGGGCAGUAAAGAUGAAACUAUUCAACUGUACAACAUGAAAAAGAAAAUUGAUCAAGGAUCAUUAUUGUACCAUGAUGGUACAAUAACCUGCCUUGAAUUCCAUGGAAAUACACACUUACUCAGUGGAGCAGAAGAUGGGCUCAUCUGCGUGUGGGACAUUAAAAGAUGGGACUGCCUGAAGACUAUUCGAGCUCAUAAGGGCCAUGUGUCAUCACUCUCAGUACAUCCAUCUGGAAAGCUUGCCUUAUCAGUAGGAACAGACAAAACAUUAAGAACAUGGAAUCUGAUUGAUGGAAAAUCCGCAUUCAUCAAAAAUAUAAAUCAGAAUGCUCACAUUGUUCAGUGGUCCCCAAGUGGAGACAGUUAUAUCGUUGUUUCAAACAACAGACUGGACGUAUAUAAUCUGAUGACUGCCUCCAUCCAUGGAACCAUUGUGUGUAAAAUGAGGAUCUCAUCGGUGAAAUUUAUAACGGAGUCUAUCAUUGCUAUAGCUGGGGAUGAGGAACAUGUCAGAUUGUACAACACAAUCACAAAAACAUGUCUUUCCGAGUUCAAGGCUCAUGACAUCAGGGUGAAAGUGAUGCACUUUUUCUCAAUGGCACAGAGUCAUGUUCUUGCCACGGCAUCCAGUGACGGUUACAUUAAACUAUGGCAAAUAGACAUUAAAAAGAUUCAGAGUUGUCCUCUAUUGCUGAGUGAAGUAAAUACUUCUGCCCGCCUGACCUGUCUAGCUGUGUGGCUGUCAAAUCCUCAAAGUAUUGGACAAGGGAUUGAAGAGCAAGUAACACACUGUGAAGGAGAUGAAUCCAGCAAUAAAUGUUUUAAACAGGAGGAGAGUAAAAUAGAAGAAGCUACUUUGGGUGGUGACCACAAACACCCACAAAAGAGAGAGGGAAAAAUUCUGUACAAGAGGAAAAUAGCUGUUGAAACAAAAGAGAGGAGGAAAAAAAAGCUUGAAAUGAACGAUUCUCUGUAGUGUAUUUAUAAUAUAUAAUCAGGUGUUAUCUGUGAAUGAUCACAUGACAUUUCAUGGCUUUGUAUUUGUAAAGUGAGAUUGUGGAUGUCAGUGAAAUAUUGACAUUAUCUGAACAGGAUGCUUUAUAAGGGUUCUCAUCUCAUGGAACAAACCCAGGAUGUUAAAAUAUUAACUAUCUGGACUCCUAGAAUGUUGAACCAUUACCUGGUGUCAUGUGAUUUCUGACUUAGACUCCUAGAAGAUUACUGUCGAUUAGAAAUUCUAAAUGAAAUUACUAAAUUUAUUAUUUACACAUGGUGAAGUUCUGCUUUAAAGUUUUCACAAUAGUGCAGUGUAAAGUUGCAAGAUCUGAUUUAGUUCUGAAAUUCAUUUUUGUAUGAAGACCAAAGCGUGCAUACAUCUGUGAUAACCUUUCUUGAUGUGGAAGAAUUGUCUUUUUUAUGUUCUUAAUUGCCACCUUCCUUUUGCUAAGAGAGUUGCUGUGUACUGGAGAGAAAAAGAAUCAGAAGUGGUCUUCCACAUCAAAUCAAAUCAACUAUGAUGAUGUUUUGUGAAUUAACAUUGUGCUAACUUUCAUUGUGUAGGCUUACAAAUGAAAAAUAGUUACUUUGGAAGUAAGGAGGUGGAGUAGAGAAAGAAAAAAUUAAGCAAAAAAAAUUAUAAAUUAUACUUGGCAAUGGGCUCUUAUUUGAAGUAUGAGAGAUUUUAAUCGUCAUGAUUUAUCAAGUUUAUUUUUAUUUACUGAUCUAUUCAGAUUAUAAAUUGAAUGGGAUAGAAAAAAAAUACAAAGAAUUGCUUUUUGACUUCAUUACUAGGCAUGAAAUGGUGUAGAUGCAAUGUAACUAAAAAUGAGUGGGAGACUAGUAUAAGGAGAAAAUGCAAAGCAGCAAUUUGUGGAUAAUUGUAUGUGUUGCUGAACACUUAAGGCCAAAUAACUCACUUAUUCAGCAUUUUGUAAUAUACAGAGUUUGGGUCAGAAAUAAAAUUAAGUGCUCUUGCCUUAAA